GGUUGAACCGCUUCUGGAAAACAUUCUAGACCACGAUUCAUGCCGUCAUAUAUAAUCAGAGACAACCCUCGUACACAACUUUCCACCCUUUUCAGAUUACCAUCAUUAUCUAGACCGACCCACUCUAGAUUUCUACGAUGUCCCCAUUAUAUGAUGCAGGAUACCCUGUCAACGAUCUCCUAGUCGCUUCAUCACAUCCAGUCACGACCCCUGUUUAUUCCCCUCCGUAUGAUGUGCGCGGAAGACAGCAACAUUUCAUCGAAACCGCGCAGCAGAGGAAGGAACGGAUCGAGUUUCUGAAAAAGAGAGAAUGGGCACGUCGCGUUGCUGAGUGGAUUCGAGCAACCAGUGCACGGCAGGAUGUGAUGUCCUUUGGCUGUUCCGGUAGUCUUGCAGCAUCAUCACCGAUGCCAGAAAAUAGUGAUGUUACCCGCUUGACUGCUACUGCAUCAUCCCUCUCUUUAUCAUCGGGCGAAGAAGAGGAAGAACCCUACGUCAUUUAUAGUUCAUCUCCGUCAUCUUCCAUGUCGUCUUUAUCCGACGACUUGUCUAUUUCAUCCGUCUCUACCUCGCAUCCGUCAAACAACAUUCAUUCACCGUCAAGCUCCAUACCCCUUCCCUCCAAGCGCAGCCACCGCCGUCGUAGGAGCAGCGCGAGUCUCAUGACUCCACGUCGCCGACUUUCAUUGUCCAGUAUUUACGAAGUUCCGGAGGAAGACUGAUUCGUAUCCAAAUGGUUGGACCUAUCGGAAGGAAGUGUUCAAGCUGGGAUCAAACCGCUUUUGGUUAAACCAGUGCCACGUAUUCCUUCUCGGGGUUUUCGUGGCGUUACGACGACCUUGUUGCCCUCUGCUCCUUUUCACGUCGUCGUUCUUCAACGACGUUCAUCACCAUUCUGCGGACAUGCUGACCGCUCUCUAUACCUGUGCAAGCAUACCCCCCUUCUCCAUCGCCAAUAUGUGGACGUCCAGUUUCUUUGUACAUUACCUGUGAUUGUAUUACAUUAGUGUUCCAGUAGUAUUUUUCCAGCUCAACGUAUGUGAAAAAAUGUAAUGCUUCGUGACUGCA